UAACUUCCAAGGUCUCAAAGUAGGACAUGGGAAAUGUAUUUAUUUGUUUGAUUAAUUCAUAACAUUUGAACCCAGAGUUUUGGUCAAGACCAGGUCCUCAGCAAUCUACUGUGAGGUUCAGAAAGUUUCUUUUCUUGUAACACUUCAUGUCAACGUGCGCCAGAAAGCAAGAGAGAAGGAACUGAAUGAGAGCCAAGCAGGCAGCAAUACUCAAGGGUUUGGGUCCUUGUUGCCAACUUUAACAUGUCUAAAAAAAGCAAUGCCACUCAGGCAGGGCCAGCCAAAGUGGAAGUGGGUUCAGAGAUUGUGACGGUAAGAAGCAACAGGGUUGUGCAGAAUAAUACCACUGGCCCAGCGGAGAUUGUCAUCUGCGAUGGAAAGAUAGCCGAUAUUCUUCCAAAGAGAAACUGGGCCAGACCCAGUGGAGAAAAGAUCUUAGAUGUUGGAGACCUCGUGGUCAUGCCUGGAAUAAUUGACCCUCAUGUGCAUAUAUAUGAGCCUGGACAGCCAGCUGGUGAAGGAUUUACAUCUGUGACUCAGGCCGCAGCUGCAGGAGGCAUCACCACUGUUGUUGACAUGCCCUUGUACUGCAGUCCUCCAACCACAACCUUGUAUGCCCUUGAGAAAAAGCUCCAGUCUGCUAAGGGAAAGUGCCAUAUUGAUGUUGCAUUUUGGGGUGGCAUCAUUCCUGGAAAUCAGGCUGAGCUCCUACCAAUGCUGAAGGCUGGGGUUCCUGGAUUUCAGUGCUUCCUAAUGGCCACUGGUGUGGAGGACUUUUCCCAUGUUUGUCUACAUGAUAUACAUGUGGCAAUGAAUGAACUGCAAGACACAGACUGUGUGCUCCUGUUCCAUCCAGAACAGGAGCCAAGUCACUCCCUGCCUGUCCAAGAGGACACCAUGGAAUACAGCACUUUCUUGGACACACGCCCUUAUACCAUGGAAGUGGAGGCCACCAUCACCAUUGCUGAACUGUGUCUCCAGUAUAAGAUACCAUGCCACAUAGUUAAUCUCUCCUCUGCUCAAGCCUUGCCCAUUAUCAAGGAUGCUCGUCAGAAGGGAGCACCAAUUACUGUAGAAACUGCACACCACUACCUCAGCCUGGCAUCUGAAUGCAUUCCUCCAGGAGGCAUCUACUACAAAUGCUGCCCUCCUAUCAGGGACAAGAACAACCAGGAGCAGCUGUGGGCAGCUUUGGAAGUGGGAGAGAUAGACAUGGUUGUCUCAGCCCAUACUCCUUGCUCCCGAGACUUGAAAGAUUUGAACAAUGGAGACUUCCUUAAGGCCCCAGCAGGGAUUGCUUCACUACAGUUUGGUCUCCCUCUCUUCUGGACUUCUGCAAAAUCCAGAGGGUUCUCCUUCCAUGACCUAGUGCAACUGAUGUGCAAAAAUCCUGCCAUUCUGAGCAGGCUGGAAGACCGUAAAGGAUCACUUGGCCCUGGGAUGGAUGCAGACCUGGUGAUCUGGAAUCCAGAAAAGGAGUUUGAGGUGAAUAAAAACAUAAUUCAUCACAAGGAUAAGCAGGCAAAAACCAACAAGCAAAAUACCACCAGGAGGGGUGAGCACAGCCGUCGGCUUUCAACAUUCCUUGCCUUUUUGCAGCCUUGACAUUUAUGGGCUAUUCAGUCUUUAUCUUUUCCAGGUCAGAAGUUACUGGGUCAGAGGAUCUGCCUCAUACAAAUUUAAAUAAGGACUGGCCCUAGUAGGCACUCAACAGGACGCAUGUCUAUGCUGAAGGAGUCUAAAUCAUUUUCACAUCUGGUAUCUUAGAUUAUUUAUUAGUUUCAUGGCCCUAACCUCAAGCUCAGAGUCAGAGGAGAAUGAGCUGGCUGAGGCCAGGACUGCUGCACCACCAGGUUCCCUGGAAGUGAACCUGAGGCUAGUGGAACCUACAGAACCUGAGCCAGAACCCUCACAGAUGCCUUUUGCCAAGUCCCAUUUGCCUGAAGAGUCAAGUACUUUCUCUACAGGCCUACCCAACAAAAUUCACCAGGCCAGCAAGCCACAGAAGAGAAAAGAAGUGCUCCAGGUUAGGAAGUUGGCCCUUUAAGGAUACCUACUCUUUGGGCAUGGAGCUUGAGAAAGGUAAACUGGAUGGAGGGGUUCAUAAGGCCUCAAUUCACCUCUAGUCUUUUUGUUCACUUGGAGCUUUCUACACCCCUGCAUCUAUUUUGCCUUGUGAAUAUCUGCUAUGGACAGAUCAGAACCACCAUAAACAAAAACACAUUUACCCAAAGACCUUUGAUUCUGCAUUCUAUUUAUCCUUACUUUUCUC